AUGCCAAACAACAUGGGAAGGUUAAAACAUCUUCAAAUCUUGACUGGUUUUUAUGUGGGAAGGCACAAUGGGUCUAAUUUGAAGGAGUUAGGGAAACUCAUUUAUCUUCGAGGUAGUCUUGAGGUCUCAAAAUUAGAAAAUGUCAAUGAUCCAAUAGUUGCUAGGGAGGCCUGUAUGAAGGAUAAGAAGCACUUAUAUAAACUGGGACUGCAGUGGAAUGGAAACAAUGAGGAUUCACAGAAUGAAAGGUUCACCUUGGAAGGUCUCCAACCUCAUGUGAACUUGAAAGAGCUCACUAUUAGAAACUAUGGCGGCACAAGAUUUGCAGAUUGGUUUGAUGAUCCUUAUUUGCCUAAUUUAGUAUCUCUUGUGUUGCGGGCAUGUAAAUAUUGUUUUUGUUUGCCAUCACUUGGGCAACUACCCUCUCUCAGGUCGGUUCAUAUUGCUAAAUUAGAGGGAAUAAAGAAGAUUGGGUUAAACUUUUAUGGGAAUAAUAAUUUGUCAUGGGCUCCAUUCCCAUCUCUUGUAAAUUUGUUUAUUGCUGAAAUGAUGGAAUGGGAAGAAUGGAUGCAUUUUGAAGGUGAAUGCUUCCCCUGCCUUAAAGAGAUUGUUAUACGAUAUUGUCCCAGGUUAAGAAAGUCACUUCCUCCACACCUGCCAUGUUUAGAAAAGCUACAGAUUGAACAAUGUGGAGAUUUGGAGCUUGAAUCAUUCCCUACCAAAGCAUUCUCUACUCCUAAACUUGAAUCCAUCCAUCUUUCUGGCUUGACCCAUUUGAAGUCACUUCAUGAAGACAUGCGUACACUUCUUCCUUAUGUCCAUUCUCUAUCACUGUUUUGCUGCCCACAGCUGCAAUUAGUUCCUCAGGAAGGAUUGCCUCUGAGCCUUGUCCAAAUUUCAAUCCAUAAUUGUUCCAAACUCUUUGCUUCCCGCAUGAACUGGGGCUUGAGUAGACUUCAUUCUCUUCAAAAGUUCUCUAUUGGUGAAAAUUUUGAAAAUGUGGAGUCUUUCCCAGAAGAGGGAUUGCUGCCACCCAAUCUCAAAGUUCUAAGAUUUGAAGGAUGUUCAGAUCUGUUUGGUCCUUCUUCAGCUCUUCAACAUGAGAGCAAGAAAGGAGGACCCAUCAUUUUCCAUCUGACGGAGAAUAAAAAGCUUCCAAUCUCUGAUAAGGAUAUUGUGACUAUUGCAAGUAGUUUAUGGUCCCCAUCCUGUUUAGAAUUUGGUUGGUCAUAUUGCACUGUGGCAUUCAUUCUAUCUCUGAAGGAAGAUGAUAUCACUUGGCACAAAUCAAGCAAGUUCCCUCUCCUUCCCUUCAUGGUGUUCUCCCUGAUUUCAAUUCGAGUCCCAUUCCCCGUUGCUGGAAAAGAGGUUUGCCUGCAGACAGGGCCGAGUUCCACUGGGGGCUACCAAAUGAAAAGGAUAUGUGACGAUCCUUCGGGGAAGCCUGCUGUUGGCAACUUACAUUAA